AUGACCGUCGCACAGACCUACAAACAAGCCGUCUUCAAAUCCGCCGGCACCCCGCUGGUCAUUGAGGAAACACCUCUGACGCCGCCCGGUCCCAAUGAGAUUCUUGUGAAGGUGGAAGCAUGCGGUGUGUGCUUCUCGGAUGUGUUUGCGCAGAAUAACGUUAUGGGCGGGGGUUUUCCCAUCGUCCCUGGUCAUGAGAUUAUCGGCCAUGUAGCCGCUGUGGGGGACAACGUCUCGGAUUGGACUGUCGGCGAUCGGAUUGGAGGCGGCUGGCACGGAGGACAUGAUGGAACGUGCAAAGCCUGCCGCAAAGGCUGGUACCAAAUGUGCAGCUCGCAGGUCGUCAACGGUGAGACCAAAAAUGGCGGUUUCGCAGAAUACUGCCUCCUCAAUCCCGAAGCGGCCGUCCGCAUCCCCUCCCACGUCUCAGCAGCAAAGUAUGCCCCCAUCCUCUGCGCCGGCGUCUCCGUCUUCAACUCUAUCCGGCACAUGAACGUCCCUGUCGGCGAGACCGUUGCCAUCCAAGGUCUCGGCGGCCUGGGCCACCUCGCCAUCCAGUACGCCAACAAAAUGGGGUACCGGGUGGUUGCGAUCUCGCGAGACGCAACAAAGGAGAAGUUUGUGAGGGAGUUGGGCGCGCACGAGUAUAUCGAUUCAAGUAAGGAAGAUGCGGCGGUCGCGCUGCAGAAGCUGGGCGGGGUGUCGCUGGUUGUUUCGACAGCGCCGACGGCUGAGGUGAUCAGUCCAUUGUUGAAGGGGUUGGGGAUCUUGGGGAAGUUGUUGAUUUUGUCUGUGCCGGGUGAGCUCCCCAUUGAUACGGUCACCAUGCUUAAAUACGGCCUCUCGGUGCAGGUUUGGCCCUCUGGCCAUGCCACCGACUCGGAAGACGCGAUAGCGUUCACUGAACUACACAAUAUCAACUGUAUGGUCGAGGAGUUUCCUUUAGAGAAGGCGAACGAGGCAUAUGAGGCAAUGCUGAAGGGAACAGUCCUGUUCCGUGCUGUCAUCACCAUGGAGUAA